AGGAAGAGACAAUACCCACCAGGGCUUAGGAACAAGGAAAACGUUGGAUGAAAAGCAACUUUGUAAAUGUUGCGGGCCUAAAAGGAUAAAAAAAACAUGGGAGCAACAGAAUGCACACACUCACCAGACCACUGUGAGAGAGAUACAGAGUCUACUGAGGCCUGAAAGCAGAGCAGAAGAAUCCACAGAGUGUUUGAGUUUGGAGAGCAAGCGCUCUUACAGAACAACAGAAUUGAAGGAUACUCUCCUCCAAACUUCAGGAUUGAACUCCAAAUCAACUCUAGCUGUGAGUAGAAAGUGAGUAAGCUUGAAAGACAAAACAGAGAGGAUAGGAGAAAAAAAAAAACCCAGAAAAAAAGAUUAGAAUUCAUAAUCGGGAUAUGAGGGUCUUCAAUAAGAACCUUCGUCUUCAGGACGUCACCAUCGUGUACUUCACCGCCCUGGCUGCUCUGAUGGUCAUCCUGGUGGCUUCCUAUCAGGCUCCCACCAAUGCUGUUGAAGUGUCCAGCCUUCCACUAAACCCAUCCAUCCCUCUCCCAUAUCUCCCCAUGCCUUUUCGUGUGCCCCUUGACCCACAGGGGGAUCUCCAUCUUGCUUGGAACAUCAGCUAUGCGAACAAGGAGGUGUACCUGGAGCUGAGGGUCAAGGAGCUGAAACAUGGCGUCGUCCUGGGGAUGUCUGACCGUGGGGAUCUGACCGAUGCUGACCUGGUGGUGCUGUGGGACUCUGGAAGUAAGAGCUACUUUGGGGAUGCAUGGAGUGACAGUGAAGGCCACGUUUCAUUGGACAGCCAACAAGACUACGAGUUGAUUGAAGCCAAACAGAAACCUGACGGAUUCUACCUGCUGUUCAAGAGACCCUUCAGCACCUGUGAUCCCAGGGAUUAUCUCAUAGAGGAGGGGACUGUGCACAUAUUUUAUGGACUCUUGGACCAACCACUCACCUCCCUGGAGCAUCUUAACCUUUCCCGCAUCCACACAGGAUUACAGAGAGUGCUCAUGCUCCGCCCGGACACGCUGUCACCCACCCUGCCUCCAGGUGUGGAGACCCUUGACGUCGUGGCACCAAAUGUCAUCAUACCAAGUCAAGAGACCACCUACUGGUGCUUCAUACUGGAGCUGCCUGAAAACAUGCCCAAGAACCACAUUGUUAUGUAUGAGUCAGUGGUAACUCCAGGUAACGAGGCCAUCGUGCACCACAUGGAAGUGUUUGAGUGUUCCCCGGAUAUGCGCGAUGUUCCACAGUACAGCGGCUCCUGCGAUGACAAGAUGAAGCCGGGCAAGCUCAACUUCUGCCGCCAUGUGCUGGCUGCAUGGGCUAUGGGUGCUGAGGCUUUUUACUACCCUCCUGAUGCAGGCAUGCCUAUGGGUGGACAAGGCUCUUCAAGAUUCCUUCGUCUGGAGGUCCAUUACCACAACCCUCUUGUUAUAUCUGGCCGUCGAGAUUCAUCAGGAAUAAGGUUAUAUUACACUACAAGUCUGCGGCGGUACGACGCAGGAAUCAUGGAGCUGGGCCUUGUUUAUACUCCUAUCAUGGCUAUCCCACCCAAACAACACGCCUUCUACCUCAAUGGAUAUUGCACCUCCAAGUGUACCAAGACUGCCUUGCCUCCCGGGGGGAUUUAUGUAUUUGCAUCCCAGCUGCACACCCACCUGGCAGGGCGCGGGGUGAGGACAGUUUUGGUGAGGGGAGGUAAAGAGCUGGAGGUGGUGCAGGAGGACCAGCACUUCAGUACACACUACCAGACAAUCAGAGUUCUCAGGAAAAUGGUGAAUGUUUUACCUGGCGACGUCCUCAUAACAAAGUGUACUUAUAACACAGAAGACAGGAGCAAGCCAACAGUGGGAGGUUUUGGCAUUAUGGAGGAAAUGUGUGUUAACUACAUUCACUACUACCCUCGCACCAAGCUGGAGCUGUGCAAGAGCCAUGUUGACCCAGAAUACCUGCAGAAAUACUUUAACUUCAUUAACAGGUUCCACGGAGAUGACCGGUGUGUGUGCGGUGAGGUCGGUGUGACUGAGCAGUAUUCUCAACUACACUGGGACACAUUCGCUGGAGAAGUGCUGGACUCCCUUUACAAUACAGCACCCAUCUCCAUGCACUGCAACGAGUCGACUGCACACCUCUUUCCUGGAGAAUGGGAGAAACAGCCUGUGCCAGCCGUCACCUCCAUUCUUGAAAAACCUUGCUACCCCUGUAAGGGAGGGGCACCUGCCACCGGACGACCCCCUACACCCACACUCUAAGCAGAGGGGGAAAUACGGCCAGCUUCAGCCCUGGGUUAGGACACCUUACCAAGGAAAAGUUAAAUGCGCUCCUAUGACUUGCAGAAUUUAUAGACACCCUCCUCUGAUUGUUUUUCUAACAUGAUAUGAAAUAACAUAUACUCACCUACUGUCUGUGUUGUUGUUAUUAGAACCAUAAAUCGCUGCCAAUCCUAUUCAGAUGACCUGUUAGAAAGCACUGCACAGGGACACUGUUUCUUAUACUAAGAACUGUGUGCUGUCAUGUUACUAAAAAGUGUAAGCGCAAUUAAUGAACAGUCUGGUGCUGGGACCAAAGUGUGAGAUCUGUUAGACAAUUACUUCUGCUGCACUCCCACUUCUCAUUUGUAUGUUUGGCCUUUUUUUAUGCAAGUGUUUAUAAUAAUGUCUUCAUCUCAUCCUUAAGACAUGAAACACACUGUUUUUAUGAAGUUUUAGUGUAUAAUGACACGUAUCAAAAUACUUCUCCAUAGUUAAAUCUUCACUUUUUUUUGU